CUACAACUCAUCUUGAUCACAGCCAACUCCUCCACCAAGGUCACAGUCAGUACAACCAACCUUUGCUCAGAUUGCUCUGCCACCAACAGCCUUGGUCGCAGCCACUCUGUGCCCAUCCGAGCAUGGUAGGACCCGCCUCCCCUCCUCCUCCUCCCUACUCUUCCCUCACCCGCGCAGCACCUUCUAUCCUCGCAGCUGCUUCCCUCGCUGAGACCACAAUCUCACUACGGGGCCGACACUUUGUGGAUCAGCAUGGUCGCAUACUCAAUCUCAGGGGCCUGAAUGUGUCUGGUGCCAGCAAGCUCCCCUCCUCAGCGCCCUCUGCCCCGCUAUCUUUCAUCAACCGGCCCUUUCCCCUCUCCUCAGCGCGUUACCACUUCUCUCGCCUCCUCUCCUGGGGUCAUCCCUACAUCCGUCUCUUGGUAACCUGGGAAGCCCUAGCUCACAAGGGUCCUCACCCAUCACAGCUCGACGAAGACUACAUAGCCUAUCUGUACGAGCUUCUCAGUAUCGCCGGCGAGAUAGGACUCAAGGUCACAGUCUGUGCUCAUCAGGAUGUAUGGAGUCGCUGGUCUGGCGGCAGUGGCGCGCCUAGGUGGACAUUCGAGGUGGCCGGGAUGAACGUGGAUAACUUUGGACCUUGCGCCAGCGCCUGGGUAGGCAACCGUGAGGUGCCCGAGAGUCAGAGGAGUGCCGAGGACGAGAAGGUCGCUGGCGACUUCGUGUGGCCGUCUGGAUAUCAGAAGCUGGCUGCUGCCACCAUGGCUACACUCUUCUGGGCUGGAGAUACAUUUGCAUGGAAGAAAAGGGUAGUGCCUCCUGCGCCCCUUGAUGGGUCCGCAAAGGCCUACCCCGACGCAUUUCCCACUGGCCCGGAUGGACUGGUCUCGAUUCAACAGCUUCUGCAGACUUCAUACCUAGCAGCCUAUGGCCGUCUAGCCGACGUUCUGGCUCCCCUCCCAGCACUUAUUGGCUUUGAGGUGCAAAACGAACCACAUCGAGGCUACAUCGAGCUACACUCGUGGGAUGCAUGGGACUACAACACCGAUUUACACAUCGGCCUUGUCCCCACGCUCAGGCAGAGCUUAGCGCUGGGAGAAGGCUACAGCCAAUCCAUCAAUGUGUGGGAGAAGAGCUGGCCUUUCCCUACUCGCAAGACUGGGGUACGGCAGGUAGACCCAAAGGGGGUUAGUGUCUGGACCUCGCAGGACAGUAGCGAGCGCAGCAGCUGUCUCUGGCGGUCACAAGGAGUUUGGGAGUGGGACAAAGACAGUGGUAAAGCAAAGAUUCUCCGGCAAGACUACUUCACAAACGAUCCUCGGCCGAGCGAGACUGUACCUGAGGGGACGUUAGCGCAGACGAAGCCUGGAGAUAACGUCGAGUGGUAUAGAGACUGCUAUGCACCGUUUGCAAAGAGGUUUGCUGCCAGGAUGCGACGAUCCAACCCCGGUUUGCAAAUCAACGUCGGUCCCAUUCCCAACGAAUUUUUCCCGCCAUAUCUGCCUCUGUCGCACCUGUCGACACUGAAUAGAGACCAGCUAGCGACACUUCACACCGCUGCUCUCAGCCAAACCUACGCUAGCAAGACGGACAUCUCCUCUACCCCCAAUGCGCGACCAGAGAAUGCCGUCUUUGCCCCGCACUUCUACGACCUCAAUGUCCUCUUCUCCAAGCUGUUUGAUAUGAAGUGGAAGAUGAGUGUGGACGUGCAGUCCCUCUCACGAGGUGGAUUCCUGCCUUUUUCCCUCUUCUUUGGCGUGUCGGGUUUGAGGAAGAACUACUGCAGACAAAUCGCCAAGCUGGUCGAUUUGGCUCGCCUGUCACUCGGAGAAGUGCCGAUCAUCAUCGGUGAGAUUGGUGUGCCAUUCGACUUGAAUGUUUCGGGCCUCAAUGCAAGAGACUCCAGAUGGGCGGCGCAGGAGGUGAUACUUGACGCUCUAGCCGUGGCGAUGGAGGCGAGCAAUAUUGCUGGAUGGACCUGGUGGAACUACAAUCCAGACAAUUGCAAGCAAGCGAGGGGAGACGGCUGGAAUGGCGAGGACUUUUCUGUUGUCACCAAAGACGAGCAAGCCGGUGAAGAACAUGGUGAGAAGAGCUCUUCUUCGCCCACCUCGGCGCUAGUGCCAUCGAGCGACGAUGAGAGCGUGUACGCGGGGGGUCGAGCCCUCUCGGCCAUUAUCAGACCCUACAUCGUCAAGCUCGCCGGUGUGCCCAUCUCCUCUUCCUUCGACUACCAGACCAAACACUUCGAAGUCGCCUUUGCUGAAUCGCGCACUUUCCGCGAGGUCCACGGUGGACUCCUCGGUGAGGAAAAGGGAAUCGCACAGGGUGAAUGGACUGAGAUCUUUGUGCCAAGGCUGCAGUAUGGGUCUGCUGAGGAGGGAGUGGAGAUUGAGAUCUCGGAUGGACAGGUGGUGCUUGAUAUGAAGCGUCAAUCCCUCUUCUAUCUCCCCUCCCAAACGCAGCUUCUCCCCGGAACAAUUCACACCAUAUCCAUCCGCUCCACCUCUUCUCCACUUCCACGCAGCUCCCUCUUGUCUCUCCCUUCGCGCAUCUUCCACUCCCUCUUCGUCUCCGAAAGCCACCUGAGCGUAGUGCUCAGUUUGAUCGCAGUGGCCGUCGUGGGGUUGGGGUGCUUGGUGAUGAUGGACUCGCUUGUUUCGGGGGGAAAGGAGGGGCUAGCUGGGAGGGGAGUAGGGAAGGUGAGAGGUUUGAUGGUAUGAGCGAGGACAGGGAGAAGGAGUGGUAGGAGGCUUGGGCUGGACGGUGAAGGUCACCCUACAACCGGAUCACAGUGUUCAACAACCUCAUAGAUUGUAGACAGUAUUGCUCCAUUCUCGGCCCGCUCUUUCCGAUUUGAUGCGAGCUGGCUGUCACGUCACAAUCACAAUGACAAUCUCGAUCGCACCCGA